GCGUACCCGAUCCUCGGACAGUCAAGUACAGGGACACCAGCGUGCAGACCGUUCGAGUCUCGUGUGUGAAGACAGCACCAAGAGCAGCGCAAAGCAAGACAACAGUCAACAGCUCAUCGCCUGAAUGAUGUAUCGUUACGCCGUUCUGCUAGUGGCCCUCGUUGCCAGCGGUAGCUUCACGGAGGCACUGCAGACUCGUGCCUGUACCAACCAACGCCCGCAACCGGCCAGCGUGGAGAUCACCGGAUGUGCACAGAUGCCCUGCGAGUUGAUUCGUGGUAGCGAUGUUGCCAUGCGUCUUGAGUGGGAAGCACCAUUUGCCGCCCAAACGCUGCAGCAUCGUGUGGUAGCUACCGCUCUAGGCAUCACUGCACCUUACGAGCUGCCCCCGGACCGUGCCAACGCUUGCAACUGGCUGGACGGUUCGGCUUGCCCGAUCAGCCAGGGUGAAGACAUCGUCAGCACACUGAGCAUGCCGGUACUGCCAAUCUACCCGCUGGUCAGCCUAGUCAUUGAAGUCAGCAUUCUGGAUGAGCAGGCGCGUACACAAACGUGCUUUGCUAUCGAUGCUCGUGUGGUCGUUGCUCUUGUCAAACGUGGAAGCUCAACAGCGGUAGCAACACUGAAGCAAGUUCCAAAUCCGGCACAACACACACACUCACAACAAGCAACCAUGUUCCGAGCACUUCUCCUGAUUGCCCUUGUGCCGGCUGUAGUGUACGGUAACGUUGGCCGUGCCUGUACCAACGGACGCCCGCAGGCCACCAAUGUGAACAUCCUGGGCUGCACUGCUCCGCCCUGUGAUCUGGUGCGUGGACAGGAUGUGAUCGCUUACAUCGAUUUCACUACCGAUCGUGCCGUUACCAGCAUGACCACUGUGCCGACUGCGACGGCUCUUGGUAUCACCGCUCCCUACCCGCUGCCGGCUGAGUUCGCCGACACCUGUGCCUGGCUCGAGGGCUCCAGCUGCCCGCUGAGCGCCAACGAGGACGUCACCUACCGUCUCACCAUCCCAGUGCUCCCGAUCUACCCGCUGGUUAGUCUGAGCAUCGAGAUCGAUAUUGUGGACCAGGCCCAAAACUCAGUGUCUUGCUUCGUUGUUGAUGCCCGUGUUGUUACCGCUAACUAAUAGAAAUAAAAGCAAAUCCUGAUAUUCAAA